AUGGCGGGGGAGGGCGGCGGUUCUAGGGCGUUGUUCCUGAUGGCGUUGCUCCUUACGGCGAGCCUCUAUGGCGUCCGGCAGGCUUCCGCACUCGCGAUUUCCGUCACGGAUCGGGAGUGCGUGUACGAGUACGUCUUCUACGAGGGGGACAACGUCUCCGGGAACUUCGUCGUCGUUGACCACGAGGUCUUCUGGGGCUCUGAUAGCCCAGGCAUUGAUUUUGAGGUAUGUGAAUCACGAUUCUUAUUUUUCUUUUCCUUUUCGUUUGACCAUCCAUUCUGGGAUCAUCGUCGAUUUAACUGCUUGUAAUAAGGUCCACUAUUGGUGAUGGAUGCAGAUGGCCGACUUAAUUUCUGGAUCCAUCGUUAUUAGUUUUCUGUGGCGCUCUAUUAAUCCAUAUUUCUGAGCUGGUUGAAUGAGAAUUCUAGCCAUCUAAGGAAACUAAAUCUGUUGGCGUUCCUGUGGUAAUUUACCCUUGUAACCUAGUCAUGAAGGCUGCUCCUACGCUGGGAGCCGGAUCUUCAGGCGAUCGAUAUCUUGAUGUCCUCUGUUACCGAGUCGUUACAUGUGUUGAGAAUUGAUUCUCUGUGCUACUGGGAGGCUUGCAUACUGAUUUGGAGGGAGAAAUUUCGGUCUAUUUGAGGAUAAAACAUUUUCAUUUCAUCCCGAGUGUCAUAGCCAUUGUUUGGUAACGAUUAUCCAAUGACCGCAAACCAUGCUACUGAAGGUAGCCCGAAAUUCGAAAUUUUAUCAAUUAUUCUUUGCUACCGAACAUUAAGAUUCGUGCAGAUUACUAUGUUGAUUUAAACAGUCCUGAUAGAAGUUUCUGGCCGAGCAGAUUUUACACAAACCAGCUCAGGUGCCCAGCCUCCUAUCUACAUUUAAUCAAUUCAGCUUGUAAGGUUGGAUUUCCCCCUGUUUGAACCGUAGACAUGUCACACACUUUAAUAUUUCUAAUGCAUGUUCUCAACCCUUCCUUGGUUGAUGCUAUGUUAGUGACUUAGUGUCUCAUUAAUAGAGUCGCAUCAUUCAGUGCUUUCAAGGAGAAUUCCUUUAUGUCUCUUUCACGGUUUAGCUCCUCUUCCACUCCUAUCCUAUGUCUUCAGUUGUUCGUAUUUUGUUUAUGCCUUCGAACUUUUUCAUGGCAAACAAAGCCACAGCCUAUCUGAUACUUAUUUCUUGACUUUUCUCACACUAACAUAGCAUAAAUUUUUCAUGGCUAUGGGAACUAGGACGAAGUGUAGCAGCACAUUAUAACUGUGAUGUCACCUUAUUUAAUAUCACUAUCUAUUCUCAGCUGUCUAGACUUUCAGAAAUUUUCCUGAUCUGCCUUUCUCCAUCGGUUCCUCCCUUCGAAACCAAUGAUCAUCUUCCUACAUCCCUCAUACCUUCAUCUAGAUACCCAUGCAGCUACUUGUGUCCCAGCCACUUUUGUAUGAUGAUAAUGGACCAAAAUAGUCAUCACCACAGACUGCAUUCGCAGCCUUCGAAUAAGGCUUCACCUUGUACUAGCUCAUUUGAUUUGGUUCUUCUGGUUGCUGUAAGUAUGUGCAGAUGGCUUGGUACUUCCAUCCUAUUGGGUGUUAUGUCUCAUUUGCUCAUCUUCUAGUUGCUGGUUGUGUCUCAUCAGGAAGGGCAUGAUGAGUGAGAUGUUAAAUCUAAUCUCUCUAGGUAUUUGGCACCUGGUUUUCUCUCUAGCUGUUGUUACUUCAGUGGAUUGUUGUCGGGUUUCACUGCUAAGUACAGCUUAUCCUAUCCAUUAGCAUAAGGCUCGUCUUGUGACAAAGGUUAUAACUUGCGUUGUAUGCGAGCAUUAUUUCGGUGGCUAUAAUAUGGGCUGGUCAAUGCUUUAAAUGAGUGCAAAGAAAAAAUGCAUUCUUACAUAAUAGACUAAGGUGCUUGUCCUGAAAGUAACCUCCAAGCUAUGGCAUUAAUGUAGGCCAUCAAAUCCUAUCAAGAGAGGGACGAAAUUCUAAUUUUGAUCCAAGUGGCCCAAAAUUAGUUGGGUAAGUAUCCAGGGUGCUAAAAAGUUGAGCUGUACUGAUCAGGAGGCCUUAACGGUCGAAAGUACUUUUGGUCUGUACCUAGACACAUCACAAAUGCGUCAGAGAUUACUUUCACGCUUAAGUGGAGUAGAAGCUCGGCUACAUCCCAACUCAAGUAGACCAAAGGCCUAGGAAACCUGAAAACAGAGUUAAUCCAGCUUAGGCUUGAGUUGGCCUAUUAGCGUGUCUUAAACAUUUCCUAGUUUUAUUUUUCUGCUUUUAUAAUCUGUUCCCGCUUUUUGUUGUCUUAGAUUUAUUUGAACGGUUCAAUAAUAGAACUCUCCUUUUUUUUAGGGGCGUUGUAAUAAAACCCCUUUUAUUAGGGGCGUUCUAACAAACCUCGCUUUUUUUAAGGGCGUUUUAAUCAAAGCCCCCAUUUUUAUGGACAUUCUAAAAGAAUUUUUUGGCCUACUUAAAGGCUCCCCUUGUAGCCCUAGUGUCAUUCAAGCAAUUACAUGAAAAUUUUCUUCUUCUGUGGUUUUUGUCUCCUUGUUGGUGGAUUUUGGCACCUCCUUUGUGUAUCCAGGGGAACUCUUUUGAUCUUGUGGACUCAAGAUUAAACCUUUCUGGAUUUAAAUGUCGAAAGUUUCUCUGUUCUAUAGAUUCAGGGUGAAGAAUCUUCAAAGAAAUCACGUUUCUUGUGGAUUCAAGGACGGGAUUUCAACUCUACACAACUUAAGUUGUGUCAAGUAUCCUAGGGGAAAUAUCAAUAUGUAAACUCAUGAUGACGAUAUUGGGUGAAACAAUGCCUAAGUGCUUUGUUUAAUAAGUUCAGUUAGAUUUUUUGUAGUAUUAGUUUGAAAUAUAAAUACGCCAACUAUUCAAUGUCCAUUAAGCACAUCACAUGGAGAAUGAUUCUACUAGUUGAUCAUGCUGAUUCUGUUCUUCUGAUAUCGAGGAUACUUCCUGAUUUUAAGAACAUUUAAAGUUCUUUCAUCAGCUAGAAUUUAUACCAAUAUGAUUAUUUUUUCUUUGGAUCAAAGUUGCUUGUAGUGCACAUUGUUUCUUUCUUUCUAAGUAAACAUGCUUUGGCCCUGUGACAAGAAGUAGGUUUACUUGGUCACAUACCACCCCAAUUAUUUCAUGGUCCGGUCUUUAAUAUGAGGAUAGAUAAGACUUUCCUAAUUCGACAUUCCGGUUCUAGCUUGUUAGGAUUGCUAGUUAGUUCAUGCAAACAAUGUUGUUAAGAGGCUGUUAGGAGGAUAUGCUAUUAUCAAGGGCUCUAGGCGAAUUCUCGUAUUUAAGUGUAAUGGACAUCCGUGUUUUGUCCCUUUUCUGAUGUCGACUAUGUGGUGUCCACUCUUUUAGAAGGUUUGCGUCAGGAUAAUGCACUUUUAUUGACGGAAAUCUGGCGACUUGAACAAGAAAGACAGUGUUGUGGGUCAACCAAGUGUGGAGACGAGACUGAAUAUCAAGCUGAGGCUCAUGCUGUGUGCGGGAUGUUGUUGCUGAAGUCUUGAAUAGAGGAUCAAGUUGUUGUCUCUUUUUGAGCCUAAUGUAGAGCAGAAGCACAAGAACAGGCCAAAGAAAAUGUAAUCAGGAAGGCUCAAAGGGUGAAAAAUGGAAAGCCCAAAAUUAGCUGUGCAUUCCCUCUGCGAGAUCUAUUAUUUCAGCAUAUUUUGUUAGCACUUUUCUCCUUUUUGGGGAUCCUUUUUUAGUGGUAGUUGUUGGUAGUUCCUGUUUCCUUGUAGAUUCUGAAAUAUCAUCUUAUUUGAAGAAGAGUGUACUGUAGAAGGGCACAUUACUGCACAUUGAAGAACAACACCAAGUAACUCUCGAUGUUGAGGUAGAGGAGAGAAUCAAUGGAGCAGAAAAAAAAGCAUUCGGGACCCUAAGCGGUGACAGUUGAGACGUUUCUUCAAUGCCCACUUUGGUAAUGCUAUGAACGAUAUGUGGAUAGUGGGCCGGCCGAAAGGUGGCCCAAGUGGGUCCAAGGUGCAAUAGGCUCAGACGCCCUUACUACUUCCCAACUUUUCUUAACACACAUAAGACAUUUUUCUUCUUGUUUUCUUGUCGAUUUAUGGUUCUUCUCUACUCUCUCUACUUCCACUACGUUUGAACCUAUUGCCAUGCAUUAUGGUCAUCAGGCUGCUAUUGACAAUCAUUGUAAUCCUGUCUUUAAUGCAUUGACCAAACAUCUUGAAGUUGAUUGUGAAUUCAUCCACAUCCUACUAUGUCUAAGAAGAUUUGAACUCUAAUUACAGCUUCUGAAGACCAGCUACCUGUUUUAUUCUCUAAGUUCUUGACUCCACUCAUUUUUCUUUCCUUGUGACUAUCUAGUUAUAAUUAAUAGUUGUGCUUCAGUUUUGUGGUGAGUGUUAGAAUCUAAUUGUUAGAUGUUGUAUCAUCACUGAGCUAUGCUAUUGUUUAGUUACAACAUAAGCAGUAUUAUGUAUAUAGAGUUAUAAUUUAAUCUUUUGUUCUAGAGAGUUUUCACUUUCUUUCUACUCCCCACUGUCAGCCAUAAAAAGGAUUAUUGGUAGCGUUUAUUCUGUUGUGGAAUGUAAUUUGUGAUGGUUCUCUGCUUUUUCUUGUCAUAUUGUUCAGAAAAAGAUAUAUUCAUCCAUAUCGGUGUUUGUUGAUUUUUGAACACUAAGUAUUCCUUCUUUCCGAUGAAUGCACUCAUGUGACUUUGACAUGCCAUUUAUUGAAAACCUACAAAGAGGCAGGUGUGGUCUGGAUGCCUUAAAGGGGGUUGAUGGUAUGUGAAAUUUACAAAGUUUCUUUCAGGUGACAUCUCCGGCAGGCAACGUGGUACACUCUGCAAAGGGAAAAUCUGGGGAUAAGUUUGAGUUGAAAGGUCUAAGAGCUGGAAUGUACAAAUUUUGUUUCAUCAAUCCUUCUUCAGUACCGGAAACUGUGUCUUUUUACAUACAUGUUGGCCAUAUUCCCAAUGAGCACAACCUUGCUAAAGAUGGUUAGUUCUAUGAAUCUAUUUUUCAUACUCUGUUGCGAUGCUUAAGAUUUACUUCUGCUACCUUGCUUAAGAUUUACUUAUGCUGUGGGCAUUCACUCAUCACGAUUGGUUUCCCUUAUAGAGCAUUUGGACCCAGUCAAUGUGAAGAUCGCUGAACUGAAAGAGGGAUUAGAUUCUAUCACAGCAGAGCAGCACUACCUGAAAGCACGUGAUACUAGGCAUCGCCACAGUAAGUAUCAUAAUUUUUACUUACGUGGUGACAUUACUCUUGGAAGUGGGUUGUUGGUACUUAUCGGAUUUAUAGUGUCUAGCUAUAUUUCUGUUUUGGCAUUUCUGGUCACUACUAUUCUCACUUGAGCCCUCCGUGUUCUUUAUCUUGGAAGCUAUGCUGAUUUUGAGUGGCAGAUGGGGUAUUUUAUAUUCUUCUUUAAAGUGAAAGAUCCUUUUCUUUGGUAAUUCGGUCCAAACAUUGUCACUAUGCAUCGUGAUCAUUCUGCAUCAUGGGUCUCUUGUCACUACAAGACAAGAGUACAAAGCUGAUAAAUGGAAAAACCUCCCGGAUGGUAGACUAAAUGGUUCUACAGCGGAACUGUAGAAGCCUAACAGUAAGUAUCGGUUGUCUGAAAGAAUCUUAAUGAUAGAUCUAAAAUCUGUAGUGUAAAACGUUCCCCCGUGAUUCUAAGGUCAUAUAGAAUGGAAAUUGUGAGAUUAAUUUCAGUAUCAUUUCCUACAUUAGGUGUGAUAUCCACUGCUCCCUCCAAAUCUGUUCAUUGCUUUUGCAAUAGCUAGACGAGCCAGCUGUUUGACUACAAUAAAGAAUGAUGUCUUGUUUAAACUGUAAAUUUCUCCUCAAGAACACGAGGGCACUUAGUAUUUUUUUAAUCUUGAAAUAUUGUUAGUUUUAUUAUUCUGAUUCUUUCAUAAUUUCAGUAGCCUUUGUUCAUUGGUGGGUCAGUCUCUACUUGGAAAUUGGAUGAAGUUCAUUUCAUGGGCAAGAACUUGGUAGAAGAUAGGAUGAAUCCAAUUUGGAUUAUUGGAUAGGCUUUCAUUGGAUACUGAAUGGAAGCCAUUCCUCUUCCGUCGGAGCUCACUUAGAUAUGGGAUGAAACUCGUCUGGCUUAAGAGAUCAAUCCCACUUGGAUUUCUCGUGAAGCUCAUUUUUGUUUUUGUAGGUUAGUGCCCACGUGUGUUUGGGAUGAAACCCGUUUUCUAUCUUGGCCCAAAGCCUAUUUAGAUGAGAGAAGAUCAUUUUUUUACAGUGGGGGGUCGUAGUUCACUUACAUUUCGGAUGAAGUCUUUUUUUAUUUGUGGGCCCUAACCCGCUCAGAUUAAAGUAACAUCUGUCAUAGUAGGGAUGCAUUUCGAUGGAACUACUCUCUUGGCUUGGGCCCCUCACGCAGCUCCACAGACCUAUGGCAGUUCAAAGACGAAGGAGAGGAUGAUUUACCAAUAUAAAGUCUCAUCUAUGUAUCCCGCUAGGGACAGUUAACCAGUCACCCUCAAGAUCCUCCAUGGUAAUAGAGUCCAUUGAAAAAGUUACAUGCUUUUCCCUCCAUAGUAAUAGAGUCGAUAAACUCCAGUCUGGUCUCAGGCAAAGAGGCCAGUCUAGUUUUACCAAAUAGAGAAGACUGCGCUUAGCAGUAGGUGGAGAGGUCUGUACAAGUGUUCACUUGACUUCUAGAUUGUGAAUAUGUUCUUGAUCUCCCUCACAAAAGAAGAUUUAGAGAAGACACAUGCAAAGAAGGGAUAGGAACCAUUAACAUAAGAACUCUUCAGAGUGUUUUUCUUACCAAAUAUCUUAGGAAAGGUCAUCCGAAGAAGAAGGGUUUGUCUUGAUGAAGAUUCUGUCAUCUCACUCCUCAGGAGAGCAGGAGAUGAAGAUCACUCUUGGAGUCUUCCCCAAGCUUUUCUCUCCUUGUGUUUCUCUUACCUCACUAAAAUAAUUAACGUAAUACAGAUUUGUAGACCGUUUUCGUUUUCCUUCCUAGAAUCUGUGCUCAUCUUUUCUCAAGAAAUUUCCUUUACAAAUCAAUUUUUUUGAAGGAACGGGAUGAAACCCUUUUUCUGGCUCCUCUCUAGCAAAUCUGGGCAGUACUAUUCCUGGAUCUAGGGUUUUAUUUUCAGCUGUACAAGGGGAUCAUCAAUUCCAUCUGUGUUGUGAAUCAAAUGCUUGUGUCUUGGUUCUUUUAUCUUAUCCCAGUAGAGACAGCAGCUUUCCAUUAUAGGAUCACAAUAUAUGGUAUGCAUAUCAGUCAGAGGCUUAUCUUUACCUUACAGAAAUUUGGAGAGGCGAAGCCUAAAUAUCUUCUCCAGUAUUUAAAUAUUUCUGCAUGUAGCAUUGAUUAAUAGAGAGUUAUUGAUGAUUCUCCCAAUUCAAACAUCCUUUUGUGUGGGAAACAUGUCAAUACGUUACUGAAUUUGGCCAUUUUUCUCAGUCAAUGCUAUAAAUCUUCUUCUGUGAGGGAGACCAAGAACAUGUUCACAGUCAAUGCUAUAAAUAUUCGCGAGUUUGACUUCAACCUUUCUUCUUUUGUAGCCAAUGAGAGCACGAGAAGACGCCUCCACUUCUACACAUUGACCGAGUAUCUUGCACUUGGCUGUGUCAGUGGACUUCAAGUACUCUACAUCCGGCGCUUGUUCAGCAAGUCUGUUGCAUACAACAGAGUUUAG